AGUAAACCACAGUGUUCAGCAGGCACCGCUCUUGCAGUGGUUCCUCUGUGGUGUCUCGACCAUGACACACAUUUGACAUGCCCUUUCCUAGCCCCCUGACAGAUUGGGGUGCUCCUGCUUUGCACCAUGGACCAAAGAGAAAUCCUACAGAAGUACCUGGACGAGGCCACAAACAAGAAACUCAUUCGGGAGGAACGUGCUAGCGAGUUUUUGAAGCUGAAAAGGCAAUCGACCAAGUAUAAGAUGGAUAAAACAUACCCUACAACUGUGGCUGAGAGGCCAGAAAAUAUCAAGAAAAACAGAUAUAAGGACAUCUUGCCUUUUGAUCAUAGCAGGGUAAAGCUGUCCCUGGUAACUUCUGAUGAGGAUUCCCACUAUAUCAAUGCCAACUUCAUCAAGGGUGUAUAUGGCCCCAGGGCAUACAUCGCCACCCAGGGGCCUCUGGCUACCACUCUUCUGGACUUCUGGAGGAUGAUAUGGGAAUACAGUGUUCUGAUCAUUGUUAUGGCAUGCAUGGAGUUUGAAAUGGGAAAGAAAAAGUGUGAGCGCUACUGGACUGAGCCAGGAGAGACUGUUCUACAGUGUGGCCCCUUCUCCAUCUCCUGUGAAUCUGAAAACAAGAAAUCAGAUUUUGUUAUCAGGACGCUAAAAGCCAAACUGAACAGUGAAACUCGAACCAUCUAUCAGUUUCAUUACAAGAACUGGCCAGAUCACGAUGUACCCUCAUCUAUAGAUCCCAUCCUUGAGCUCAUUUGGGAGAUGCGAUGUUACCAAGUGGAUGACAGUGUUCCUAUUUGUAUUCACUGCAGUGCUGGCUGUGGGAGGACUGGUGUUCUUUGUGCUGUUGAUUAUACCUGGAAACUGCUUAAAGAUGGGAUAAUUCCUGUGAACUUCAGUAUUUUUAGUUUAAUUCAGGACAUGCGGACACAGAGACCUUCCUUAGUGCAAACUCAGGAGCAGUAUGAGAUGGUCUACAACGCUGUGCUAGAGCUGUUUAAGAGACAGGUGGAAAUUCUCACAGAUAACCGGAACACCGCUGGUCCAGAGAUUCAAGCAAACCAUGCAGCACUUAAGCCUCCUCCAGUUCUAGAAGAUGAUCCUUUUUCUUGUAUUCCACCAGAUUGUCCUGCUGAAGAAGACUCAGUAAUUAAAUGCCAGCAGAACAAACAAGUGACCCAAGAAGAAACAGUACGAGCUUCAUCAUUAGAUUGUGGUGUCCCUGAGCUACAUGGAAGUCAAGGACUCAGUUCACAUUCAGUUAAGCCAGACUUUUCUGUUAAAGUUUUGGAGUUAAACUGUAGUGGUGAGAAAAAUGCAGAUAGGCUUAUGAAAUGGGAGACAAAGUUAUAUCCGCUGGUUGGGGAACCACUUCAAAAGCAUGGAAGUUUGGAUCUGAACUCUGUUUUGUCUGGGACACAUCCCAAUUUGGGACCUGCAAAUGCCAACGGCAGACAGUCCAAUACAAAGGUACCAUUAACACGAACCAAAUCCAUUCCCUUUGAGUUGCCACCACAGAGACAAUUGAAGGAGUGUGAAAUCAAUGCUGCAUUUCCUUGUUCGGAUGACUGGCAAGGCCAUUCCUACUCUUCUAUUGACUUACAGGCUCACAAGUCAAAGUGUAUUUCUUCAGUGGAACUGAAUCAUUUACUAAGUGGCACAAAAUCCCAAAUGUAUAAUGUUUCCCAUCCAAAGGCUCAUGUUUCCAGUGCAUACAGGGUACAUCCUUAUACUUCCUUAGCAGAAGAUCCUUAUUUUUCACAACUGCCUCCAAGUAAUGUUGAUCUUCCAAUGGGUAUUGAUUUCUUGGAGAAGCCAGACGGAACUGUCUUUUCAUCAUCUACAGCCAUUACAACUCCAAUUUCUGAUGGUAGUCCAUUUAAUCCUUUAGCAUCCAGUCUUCCAUCCAAUCAUUUUCACCCAACUCUCAAUAGAAGGACAUCAGCGGAUUCUCCACUGUUAGAUGAUGAAAUCCCUCCUCCUUUGCCUGAACGGACCCCUGAAUCCUUUAUUGUGGAUGAGGAAUCUGGAAACUUUUCAGAGAUGACUUCCAAACCCCAGUCUUCACCUGUGAAGCUAAAAAUUGGAACAUCAUUGGAAUGGAGUGGAGUUUCUGAAUCAGAGAAAUCUAAUGAUUCAUUUCGACUGAGACCAAGUAAGAGUGUGAAACUGAGAAGUUCCAAAUCAGAGAUACCGCAGGACCGUUCUUCAUCCCCUCCUCCUCCGCUUCCAGAGAGAACACCUGAGUCCUUCCUUCUUGCUGAUGAAGACCCUAUGCAGGUCCAAUCUGGAGAAACUCAUUCUACCAACCGCUUGGAGAACUUAGAAGAUAUAACUUCUUCUCAACAGUCAUUGAAGACUUCUGGAAAAGGCUUCACAAGGAGUAGGAGUUUAAAAAUUCUACGAAAUGUGAAAAAGAGUAUCUCAUCGCAACCAGUCAAGUCAGCAGAAUCCAUACAAUCAAAUCAUUCUAGUUCCUUUCUGAACUUUGGUUUUGCAAACCGUUUUUCAAAACCAAAAGGACCAAGAAAUCCGCCUCCUACGUGGAACAUUUAAUCUGACUUCCAACGAGCAUUCAGAAGAAUGCAAAUUGGAAUUUGCCGUGUAAGAGAGCAUUGUGGUCAAACAAAAACAUCAGAAUGCUGCCAGAUGAAAUAAAUGUGCUCUAUAAUCACCAUAUAACCAAUGAAGUGAUAUGCUAAUGACACAAAUGGCUUUAAAACAAAAGAGAUGCACAGAUAUGUACAACAUUUUGGGAUUUUCAUCUUAUUUACAUCUAGUUAGAAGUAACUAGUUGUAUUUAGAGGUUUGAGAAUGGAUUUUUUUUCACUUCUGAAAUGAAACUAUUCUUGUAUAUGAUGUGGUAAUAAGGUUUGCAAAAAUUGAAUGUUAGAUAUUAUUUCCUUAUAGUGCUGGCUCUGUGUCACUUAGGGAAGUGACUCAACUUGUCUUGGCAUCAGUUUUUUGUCUAUAAAAUGCAAAUAAUUAUACUAGUCUUGCACAUCUACCUACAAGAUUGUUGUGGGGAAUAAAAAAUCCAUAUAAAAGUC